AUGACAGGUCCCGAUGUUGGGUCGUUGUCAUCGUCUUCAAACGGUGCUGUUAAAAGCAACAUCUAUCAUCAAGAUCAGAUAAGCUAUCGUCCAGAGCAGCAAUGGAAGGAUACGGUAAUAAACUACUGUAUGGAGCUAUCAAAGAGAGCCAUAACAAGAACGUUUCCACCACCCGAACUGUUUUCACCAAGUACGCAGAACAAUGAUCACUAG